AUGGGCUCAUACACCAUUUGCAAAGCCCUAAGAAUGAAGACCCACUCCAAAACCCUUGGGCAGCCCAACAGAGCAAAGGCCCAAAUCCACAGCCUGCUAUGGGCACCCAAAAUCACUCUUGGCACCCAUGCCAUCCCUGACCUCGGCCUUGAUCUCUGCUCCACCGUCCUUCGUCGCAGAAAGGGCAUCCCAGCCCCACCAACUCGCACUAUGGCUCGAAAUCGCCGAACACGUAGGGAAACUCCUCCUGUUGAGGAUGAUGAGCAGAUACCUAGGAGGUUUGCGGAUACUUUUGGGCAGUUCUUUCGGCAGAUUGCUGCAGCGCUCCCCGGGUCACGUACCGACUAUACUGUGGAGCGUGCUAGGAGGCAUGGAGCCCAAAUUUUUUCUUCUGCCGCCUCACCUGUAGAGGCUCAGCGGUGGAUCGACAGGAUGGAGAGAGUUUUCUCCCAGAUGGACCUUCCAGAGGACAGGAAAGUGACUUUGGCAGUACAGUUCCUAGAGGAUACCGCCUGGCAUUGGUGGACUGGUGUUGUCAAUGACCCGGCAAAUGUUGGGCCGAUGACAUGGGAUGUGUUCAAGACUCAUUUCUAUGGACGGUACUUUAGUGAUGCCCACCUUAAUCGGAUUCAGGACCAGUUCUUGGGCUUGGUGAAGAGAGAUGAUCAGUCAGUGUUGGAGUUUGAGCAGGAGUUUCUCUCCUUGGCCCACCAUGUGCCGGAUUUGGUUCGCACUGAGCAAAACAAGAUUCGUAGAUUUGUUUUUGGACUUGGAGGAAAGUUUAAGGAUAAGAUGUUAGGCACACCGUACCGGAGUUUUGCGGAGGCAGUAUCUUAUGCCAUGGACAUUGAGUCGGACUCACCUGCUGGAUUUCACCCUAGGGAUCCUGGUGGCCCUAGCCAGGGUCCAUCUAAGAGGGCUACUUCUACAUCCGGUUCUGGUUCUUCAGUUAGUAGUGGGAAGAGCAGUGGUUCCAGUUCGAGAUCCCGUAAUAGAUCCAGGGGACGUUUUGGCAGGAGAUUCUUUCGGGGUCAGUUUAGUGGACAACAGUCUGGGCAGCUCGAGAGGUCGAAGAGUUAUCAUGGUGGCUCGAGUGGGGCUUCGUCUAGCCAGUCAGCUCAGUUUGGGCAGUAUCAGACAGUGGGAUGUUUUAUGUGUGGUCAGCAGGACCACUUCAGGAGAGACUGCCCUCUUUGGGCUCAGGGAGCCAGAUCUACCCCCACUCAGACUGUUGGUCAGUCCUCUGCUGGCGGAUCGACUAGUGGUGCUCGCACCAGCUCGGCAGGCCGAGCUAGUUCUCAGCAGGGCAGGGCUCAGCGAGGUCGUCCCGUGACACAUGCUAGACUGCACGCCAUGACUCAGCAGGAGGGUCGUGAUUCACCGAAGGUCAUUGUUGGAACGUUGUUUAUCUUUAAUCAACCUACUUUAACCUUAAUUGAUCCGGGUGCAACGCACUCUUUCAUGUCAAGUAGAUUCGCCUGUUUUGCAAAUGUGCCAUCAUCACUCCUCAUUGGUGAGUGGUAUGUUUCUCUACCUGCGGGAGGAGCCCUUAGGAUAAAGUGGGUUUAUAAUGGUUGUGGUGUAAUGGUUGACGGUUUUUACCUGGAGGCCAACCUAAUUCCUCUAGAUCUUGUUGAGUUUGAUGUAAUUCUGGGUAUGGAUUUUCUGGAGACACAUGGUGCCUUAGUUGAUUGCUUCCGUAAAGAAGUAGUGUUUCGAAGUUCAGGAAAACCGGAAAUCACUUUCCAUGGUGAGAGGAACAUUCUCUCCUCUUUCCUGAUUUCGGCCAUUACAGCUGAAAAGCUUUUGAAUAAAGGUUGUCAGGCUUACUUGGCUCACAUUGUGGAUACAAAGAGGGAGGUGUUGAACAUUGAAGAUAUUCAUGUGGUCAGGAAGUUUCCGGAUGUGUUUCCUGAUGAACUACCUGGUUUACCUCCGGAGAGGGAAAUAGAUUUUACCAUUGAGUUGCUCCCUGGUACAGCACCUAUAUAUCAGGCACCUUAUAGAAUGGCCCCAGCUGAGUUAAAGGAGUUGAAGACCCAGUUACAGGAGUUGUUGGAUAAAGGUUUCAUCCGGCCAAGUGUGUCCCCUUGGGGUGCUCCAGUGCUUUUUGUUAAGAAGAAGGAUGGCACCUUGAGCUUGUGUAUUGAUUAUAGAAAAUUGAAUAAGGUCACAGUGAAGAACAAGUAUCCAUUACCACGGAUUGACGAUUUGUUUGACCAAUUGCGGGGUGCCAAAGUAUUUUCUAAGAUUGAUUUGAGGACAGGUUACCACCAGUUACGGAUAAGAGAGUCCGAUGUACCCAAAACCGCUUUCCGAUCACGUUAUGGUCAUUAUGAGUUUGUGGUGAUGCCUUUUGGAUUAACCAAUGCUCCUGCAGCCUUUAUGGAUCUCAUGAAUCGAGUAUUCCGCCAAUACUUGGACCGUUUCGUGAUCGUGUUUAUUGAUGACAUCCUGGUUUACUCCAAGAGUGAUGAGCUUCAUAUUAAGCAUUUGAGGCUAGUACUUCGGACUUUGAGGGAGGCUAGACUAUAUGCCAAGUUGAGUAAGUGUGAAUUCUGGCUUAACAGCAUUGGAUUCUUAGGUCAUGUGGUGUCAGCUGAAGGUAUUAGUGUGGAUCCUCAAAAGGUGGAUGCGGUUUUGAAUUGGGGAAGACCCACCACAGUGACGGAGAUUCGUAGUUUCUUGGGUUUAGCCGGUUAUUAUCGGCGGUUCGUGCAGGAUUUCUCAAGACUUGCAGCCCCCCUCACCAAAUUGACCAGGAAGGGUGCUAAAUUUGUUUGGUCAGAGGAGUGUGAGCAGAGUUUCCAAGAACUCAAAGGACGGUUAACUCGUGCCCCAGUUUUAGCAUUGCCUGAUGAUAGCGGGGAGUAUGUGAUUUACAGUGAUGCCUCAAGACAAGGUUUAGGUUGUGUGUUGAUGCAGCAUGGGAAUGUGAUUGCUUACGCAUCUAGACAGUUGAAACCGCACGAAAUGAACUACCCGACUCAUGACCUUGAACUUGCUGCUGUGGUUUUAGCACUUAAGCUAUGGAGACACUACCUUUAUGGAGCACGAUGCCAGAUUUUUACGGAUCACAAAAGUCUCCAGUAUUUGCUUAACCAAAGGGACUUAAAUUUGAGGCAAAGGAGGUGGUUAGAGUUGAUUAAGGACUAUGAUUGCACUAUCGAGUACCAUCCAGGAAGGGCGAAUGUGGUAGCUGAUGCACUUAGCCGAAAGCCCUCUAGCUCCUUAGCCCAAUUGAAGACAGUUCGAGUCCCUUUACUUUAUGAACUGCGCUCUACAGGAGUUAAUUUGGCGAUUGAAGAAGGGUCUGGAGCAUUGUUAGCUAGCUUCCAUGUGAGGCCAAAUCUCAUUGAUAAGGUGCGGGAGGCACAAGAUGAAGAUGAAUAUUUAAGAGGGACAAAAAUGUAUCGAACUUUAAAACCAUAUUAUUGGUGGCGAAAUAUGAAAAGGGAAAUUGCAAAGUAUGUGAGUAGGUGCUUGAUAUGCCAACAGGUAAAAGCAGAAAGACAGAAACCUUCAGGAUUACUACAGCCGUUGCCUAUUCCGGAGUGGAAGUGGGAGCACAUUACCAUGGAUUUUGUUUCAGGUCUUCCACGAACUCGGAAUGGUCAUGAUAGUAUUUGGGUGAUUGUGGAUCGACUCACCAAGUCUGCUCAUUUCUUACCUGUUAACAAGACUUACGGGAUGGACAAGUUAGUGGAGCUUUUUAUGAAUGAAAUAAUAAGGCUGCAUGGGUCACCUGUUUCUAUUAAACUCAGGACAGCUCAGAGUAGACAAAAGAGUUAUGCGGAUAACCGCAGGAAAGACUUGGAGUUUCAAAACGGUGAUUGGGUAUUCUUGAAGUUAUCUCCUUCGAAGGGCGUUGUGAGAUUUGGUAAGCGUGGAAAGCUCAGUCCUCGGUAUAUUGGACCUUUCUUGAUUAAAGAUCGAGUUGGCCCAGUUGCUUACAAAUUGAUACUACCUCCGAGGUUAUCAAAGAUUCAUGAUGUCUUCCACGUUUCCCUACUCCGCAAGUAUAUUGCAGAUCCCUCUCAUGUCUUAGAAGAACAGCCCAUUCGUUUGAAGGAGGAUCUUACUUAUGAGGAGAAACCGAUCCAGAUACUCGACAGAAGAGAGCAGGUCCUUAGAAACAAGACGAUACCUUUAGUUAAAGUAUUGUGGACUAAUCAUUUGGUGGAGGAAGCCACUUGGGAACCGGAAGAUUUAAUGAGACGACAGUACCCCCAUCUGUUCUGA